UACUUCCGGGGUGGGCGGUGAAAACAUACAAAAAUUGACAUCCCUAUAUCAAAACCUCACGCCUUGUCCCAAUGACCUGCUGACAUGUCUAUUAUACAAGUCACGGGGACGGGCAAGUCCGUGGCCUCUGACAGAACGCCCUUUUUUGGCGCAAGGAUACCAAUAGAGAUUAAAUCAAUGAUAAAACCAUUGUCAAAAUUGGAUAAAAGCGUUUUCAGAAAGAUUCUCUUGUUAAUAGUGACAGCUAUAGAAGGAAACGAUGUUGAGUUUAAGCAACUAAAAGAAUUAGAAAGUAAGGACACGGAUGAAGAAACAUUAAGUGUAAUAUAUUCGGGACUAUACAAGCUUUUACAGAGUGCUCUCAGAUUGCCACAAGAAUCAUUAAAACAAGAGUUAUUUAAAGAAGACCUUCAAGAAUUACAAAUUGCAGAGGAUUUCCAUACAGAUUUAGCUAGUGUUGUGUUUGGUCACAAACGCUCCAGUAUAGAUAUCCAUUCCAUUUUCUCCCGACCUCGCCUCCCACAGUUAGAAGCCUUGAAAUGGCGAGUGGACGUUGGAAUAUCUACCAGUGUUUUAAACCGGGUGCUUGAGCCUACUGUGUUGAUGGAGAUGACGCUUUCGGAUGGUAAUAUUAGUACCUUUGAGGUGCCAGUCUCCAAGUUUCACGAGUUACGGUUUAAUGUGGCCUCCGUGUUAAAAGAGAUGGAGGACCUUGAACAACGAAGUAUCCUCAAAAUCAAAGACUAACUACAUCUGUAUAAUACACAUCCGCAUUUUAAUCAAACAGAAAGUGUUGAAUGCUGAUCUUGUGGACAUGGACACUAUGGUAUUUUGGUGUAGCCUCCCAUCUCCAUCAGUGAAAUUAAACAUUUUCUGUUCAUGCUUCUCUGUUUAAAUCAUUCUAGUGUAUAUUUGUAUUUUAUGCAUCAAUUUGUGUGUUUGAUGUAGACAGUCUAAUGUUGUGAGUGAAGACAAUUGCUAAUUUUGUUACAAAUAAAUAUAUACGAGUCUUGACAGCUACAGUUAUGUCUGUGAACAAGGGCAGGCUAUUGGGAUUGUUGUGCACAUCAUACGCAAAGUUAACCACCAUUAAGGUACCACCAUUUUGGCCAAAGAUUAACUUCUAAUAAAUUCCCUUAUAAUUUCAGAACUUGGUCAUUCAAGAAACAAGGUAAUAAUAUCGAGUUAAGCUUAGAAAAACCUUGUUAAACACCAGAGGCCACUUUUUAUGCAAAUUUAAUGAAAUUUGGUCAAAAUGACUGCUUGAACGAGAUAUUGAAUUAAAUUCUGGGUCAUCUGGAUUCAAAAACAACCUCUCCAGGUCAAAAAAAAUAAAUACCUUGUUUCAUUCUAGUGCCAACAUUUUUGGUCCAAAUUGAUUAUAAAUGUUUGGCUUAAUCUCAGAUGAGUUUAUCGAGGGUUAAUACCCAUGUCACUAACUGGUAUACAACUUUACAGUAGUCAAGCUUUUGUCUCAAUCUUGACGAAACCAAAUAAGAUUUCAGAUGAAUUUAACACUGCAUCUUACUCUGCAUGUGAAAUAAACCUAAUCAAAUGAAAACCUUGGUAACAUUGAAGGAGCCACAUUGGCGCCAUCUUGAAAUUCUUUUGAAAAACUGCAGACAAGUUAAAUAUUUGGUCAGAUAUGUUUAAUUCAUUUGGUGGAUUUCUAGAAAGAAUUAACACUUCAGAAGCUAAAUUUCAAAUAAAAAAGUAAGAAUGAAUGUUUGUCUUUAAGAAAAACUGGGAGGGUCUGUGUAGAUAUAGAUCAAAAUAUAUGUCAUAGAAUGCUACAUACUUGACCGAUUUGUAAUGGCAAUUUGUCAGUAAAAGUUUUACAAUCACAAUGAUUCUCUAUGCCAAAAAAGAAUGGAUUAUACAGAUUGUACACUAGUUUUACUAGUAUACAUGUAAGGGAAAAGCAGUUUAAUUUAUCAGAACGCUACUUAUUGCUCGAUAAGAUCUCUGCCUCUGGUUGCCAUUCUAAUUUGAGCCAGUGCAGUACAAUCAUGAGCUUAUACAUCAUUAUCAACUUUUCCUGUUAAUUUUAUCAUAUUUUUUUAAAGAAGAAUAAUAACAAUAAUAAUAAAAUUGGUAAAAAAAUAAAAGCAUUAUUUUUAAAGCAUAGUAUAUUAUUGAUUUGCAUGUUGAUAAAGAAAGGGUUAUACAUAUAUUUCAUUAUUAUUGUUUUCAAGAAAUAAUAGCAAAUGUUUUAUAUUCUAACUGGUUACAUUUUUGAUAUUUUUUUGCAAUAUAUCAUAUAAAAUGUCAAAUUGAUACUUUGAUAUAAAGUUGUAUGUAUGUGUAUGACAUUAUAACUGUUGCCGCACCCAUUGUUGUUUAUAAUUAAAGUUUGAAAUUGUU